GUCAUGAACCCUGCUCCUAAUAACUCUGUGAACCUUAUCACAGGUUCCAAAGUCUAAACGUGCUGUAUUCCAACUUCAUUUGGUUCUUUGCAGCAUAGCUAUUCAUAUCCACUGUAGAUACUAAUAUAUAUACAAAACUAUCAUUAUUAUGGAGAAGCUCACCGAUGACCUGGUCAAGUACAAGGACUAUGUUUUUGCGAAGGAUUUGGUAACCGCUGAGUACAUUGACUCCCUGCAGACCUUUGAGAUCCGGGACAGUGACAUCUUUCUGGUCACUUACCCUAAGUCAGGUGAGUGACAAAUCUACUGGAUUGAUAAACAGCGUUUGAGAUGGUCCACACACCUAUCAUACUUGGGGGUACUUGACAUGAAAAAGGUUGAGAUCCCUGCUCUGUUUAGGUAAUCAGUGAGGAGAGAAACCUGCUCUGUUUAGGUCAUCAGUGAGGAGAGAAACCUGUCACAGGUAGAGAGAAUAAAAACAGCCUUUUAGAAAGUUAAAGGCACAAUCCGGAUUGGAACAUCCAUCUUUGGAAUUUGAAAUGAGUGAUAUCUAUUGUUCUUGAAAAAUAUAACUUCAAUCCUCCCGAGUGGCGCAGCGGUCUAAGGCACUGCAGCGCUUGAGGUGUCACUACAGGGUUCGAUCCCGGGCUGUGUCGCAGCCGGCCGCGAUCGGGAGACCCCAUGAGGCGACGCACAAUUGGCCCAGCGUCGUCCGGGAUAAGGGAGGGUUUGGCCGGCCGGGAUGUCCUUGUCUCAUCGCGCUCUAGCGCCUCCUGUGGCGGGCCGGGCACAUGCACGGUUGUACGGUGUGUUUCUCCGACACACUGGUGCGGCUGGGCUUUCCGGGUUAAGCAUGUGUCAAGAAGCAGUGCGGGUUGGCAGGGUUCGUGUUUCGGAGGGACGCAUGGCCUCGACCUUCGCCUCUCCCGAGUCCGUAGGGAGGUUGCGCAGCGAUUGGACAAGACUGUAACUACCAAUUGGGGAAUAUAACUUAUACAUUUCUCAUGAGACAUAGUUCAACUGUCUUAAUGCUUGUUUUACUCCAGCCCAUUCAGCUCUGGCAGGGGGACUGCUUCGUUGUUUUUUUUUUUUCCGAAUCCCCUUUAACCAUGUCGCUCCCAAGAGCUCUAUGACUGACACCUUUCAUGAUGCUGAACCUGUAGGAACGAUCUGGGCACAGCAGAUCAUCACCUCUAUCUGUGAGUCAGAGAUGGGUGAUGUCUAUCCCAACAACUUAGAGAUGAUGCCAUGGCUGGAGUAUAUGGAAAAACGCCCUGACUAUUCCUUACGCCCCAACCCGCGGCUAUUCGCCUCCACCUCACCCCCCGUACUCAUGCCCCCAGGCCUGAGGAACAAGAAGGCAAAGGUAGGCAGAGGAGGGGAAGAUGGAGGCCCCACUGUAUGGUUUGCAUCCCAAAUGUCACCCUUUUCUCUAUAUAGUGCACUACUUUUGACCAGAGCCCACAGGGCUGUAAAUGUCUCUCUUGUUCUCAGAUGAUCUAUGUGAUGCGGAACCCAAAGGACAACGUGAUUUCCUACUAUCACUGGUGUAUUAACUGGGCCAUGUUUGAGACCCCAAAGAGCUUCGAGGACUUUCUGGACCAGUGGUUAGCAGGGAAUGGUAGAGUAAAGACAUCAUUCAUAUAACACCAUGGUUGGGUCCCAAAUGGCACCAUAUUCCUUCUCUACAUAGUGCACUAAUUUUGGUCAAAAGUGGCUCUGGUCAAAAGUAGUGACCUAUAUAGGGAAUAGGGUGCCAUUUGGGACGCAAACAGCCUGUUAUAACCCUGACAGGCUACGUCCUAAAUGUCACCCUAUUCACUAUAUAGUAUAGUGCACUACUUUUGACCAACCCAUGAAUACUGUAAUGACCUUGGUGACGCAGCCUGUUAUGACCAUGUUAUUGCCCUACAGUUGGCGCUUCGUCCUGGGUUUGACCACAUCAGAGAGUGGCACAGUAAGAGAGACCAGUACAACAUCCUGUUUCUGACCUAUGAGGACAUGAUCAUGGUAAGACAUUACAGACUCAUCUUACACCUAUGACCUCUGAUCUCUGCUCUGCUGGAUAGCCAAUUAGAGACAACCAACCAGCCUGGCUUGCCUAUCCCCAAUCUUUUGGCCUAAUUUUCCAAUUGUAUUAACAAGGAUGGACAUGAAAUGAAGAGGGAGACAGACAGAGGACAUAGUGUGUAGAAGUGCUGUGGGGCCGGCGUGUGAUCCCACACAGGCAGGGGAUUUCAUAUGUGCCGAGGGCAGUGGACUUCACCACUUGACCAACCUCAGGCACAGGGGUUCCAUCUUUAAUGGACAUGUUCCUCCUUUCUCAGGAUCUGAAGACAGCCGUGCUGAAGAUCUGCCGCUUCCUUGAGCGGGACCUGACUGAAGCAGACAUCAACAAGAUAGUGGAAAAAGCCACGUUCAAAAACAUGAAACACGACCGCAAGGCCAACUACGAGUUCAUACCAGAGGACAUUCUCAAAAAGGGGCAGUUCCUACGCAAAGGUCAGGGCCUGUAUUCACACAGCGUCUCUAUACCAGUGUUGAUCUAGGAUCAGUUGUGCCUUUUAGAUCAUAAUAAAUGAGAUCACAUGGACAUGGGGGACCUGAUCCUAGAUCAGUACUCCUACUCUUCGUGAAUAUGGGCCUGAGAUUGGGGGAAAAAAACUGUUUGUAAAUAAACUGCAUAUAAACCAUUUAUAAUGCUCUUACUCUGAAUAAUGACGUGUUGGUUGUGCUGUGACAGGUAAAAUCGGGGAGUGGAAGAACAUGUUCACAGUGGCCCAGAGUGAGAGGUUUGACCAGGUCUAUGAGGAGCGGAUGAAGGACGUGACUCUGAAGUUCAUCUGGGACAUGGAUCAACAAUCAGAGUGAUGGAAAGCUGGAGCCUACAGCUCUGCCUCCACAAACUACCCAGUGGACACUAAAGCCAUGGACAUUCAUGUCAAUUAUCUGUUGAAUGUAC